AUGUCCAAGAAGGGUGCCAGUGGCCGGACGAGGAGCGACAGAGGAGAGGCGCUGGCCGCGCUGCAGGCUGCCAACGAGGAGCUGCGUGCCAAGCUCACGGACAUCCAGAUCGAGCUGCAGCAGGAGAAGGGCAAGGUGAGCAAGGUGGAGCGGGAGAAGAACCAGGAGCUGCGGCAGGUGCGCGAGCACGAGCAGCACAAGAGCGCGGUGCUGCUCACGGAGCUCAAGGCCAAGCUGCACGAGGACAAGAUGAAGGAGCUGCAGGCUGUGCGCGAGGCCCUCCUGCGGCAGCAUGAGGCCGAGCUGCUGCGCGUGAUCAAGAUCAAGGACAACGAGAACCAGCGGCUGCAGGCGCUGCUGCACGCGCUGCGGGAUGGCGCGCCCGACAAGGUCAAGACCGUGCUGCUGUGCGAGGCCAAGGAGGAGGCCAAAAAGGGCUUCGAGGUGGAGAAGGUGAAGAUGCAGCAGGAGAUCUCCGAGCUCAAGGGGGCCAAGAAGCAGGUGGAGGAGGCGCUGACGCUGGUCAUCCAAGCUGACAAGAUCAAGGCCGCCGAGAUCCGCAGCGUGUACCACCUGCACCAGGAGGAGAUCAGCCGCAUCAAGAAGGAGUGUGAGCGCGAGAUCCGCCGCCUGAUGGAGGAGAUAAAAUUUAAAGACAGAGCAGUCUUCGUGCUGGAGAGAGAGUUAGGGGCGCAAGCCGGGCACGCGCAGAGGCUGCAGCUGCAGAAGGAGGCUUUAGAUGAGCGGCUGUCGCAGGUCCGUGAGGCCGAGCGGCACACAGGCAGCCCCAGACGGGACCUUCCUCAUGCAAGCGGUGCAGGAGACGCCUCAGACCGCCCGGGAAGCCCCCAGUUGGAUGAAAAGGAUGCCCGGCGCUUCCAACUUAAAAUCGCUGAGCUGAGCGCGAUCGUCCGCAAGCUGGAGGACCGCAACGCCUUGCUGUCGGAAGAGAGGAACGAGCUGUUAAAGCGCCUGAGAGAAGCUGAGAGUCAGUACAAGCCACUGCUGGAUAAAAACAAGCGCCUGACUCGGAAAAACGAGGAUCUGUCGCACACCCUGCGGCGAGUGGAGAACAAGCUGAAGUUCAUCACCCAGGAGAACAUAGAGAUGAGGCAGCGAGCCGGCGUCAUCCGCAGGCCCAGCUCCCUGAACGACCUGGACCAGAGUCAGGAUGAGAGAGAGAUCGACUUCCUCAAAGUGCAGCUCGCCGAGCAGCAGAGCCUCAUUGACGAGCUCUCCAAGACCCUCGAGACUGCUGGCUACGUGAAGAGCGUGCUGGAACGUGACAAACUCCUGCGAUUACGGAAGCAGAGGAAGAAGAUGGCGAAGCUCCCCAAGCCUAUUGUCGUGGAGACCUUCUUUGGCUAUGACGAAGAGGCGUCACUGGAGUCGGAUGGCUCCUCCAUCUCUUACCACACGGACAGGACGGACCAGACCCCGUGCACCCCGGACGACGACCUGGAGGAGGGCGUGGCCAAGGAGGAGACGGAGCUGCGCUUCCGGCAGCUGACCAUGGAGUACCAGGCACUGCAGAGAGCGUAUGCGUUGCUGCAGGAGCAGGUCGGAGGGACACUGGAUGCAGAGCGAGAAGUUAAGACCCGCGAGCAGCUGCAGGCAGACAUGCAGAGGGCGCAGGCACGGGUGGAGGACCUGGAGAAGGCACUGGCUGAGCAGGGGCAGGACAUGAAGUGGAUUGAAGAGAAGCAAGCACUGUAUCGAAGGAAUCAAGAGCUGGUGGAAAAGAUCAAGCACAUGGAAGUGGAGGAGGCUCGGCUAAAGCAUGAGGUCCAGGACGCCAAAGACCAGAAUGAGCUACUGGAGUUCAGGGUCCUGGAGCUGGAGGAGAGGGAGAGGAAGUCGCCCGCCAUCACCCUCCACCACACGCCCUUUGUGGACGGGAAGAGCCCGCUGCAGGUGUGCUGUGAAGCCGAAGGUGUGCCGGACAUCGUGGUCCCCGAGCUGAUGAAGAAGCUGGACAUUCUGGGGGAUAACGCCAAUCUGACCAACGAGGAGCAGGUGGUUGUCAUUCAAGCUAGGACAGUCCUGACCUUGGCUGAAAAGGUAAAGUGGCCGCAAGCCCCGAGCAGCAGGCUGUCCUUCUAUGUUGCCCAGUGGCUCCAGCAGAUCGAGGAGACGGAGAUGGCACUGCAGCGGAAGAUGGUGGACCUGGAGCAGGAGAAGGAGCUGUUUAGCAAACAGAAGGGUUACCUGGAUGAGGAGCUGGACUACAGGAAGCAGUCGUUGGACCAAGCCCACAAGCGCAUCCUGGAGCUGGAAGCCAUGCUGUAUGACGCCCUGCAGCAGGAGGCAGGAGCCAAGGUGGCCGCGCUGCUGACCGAGGAGGAGUGUGAGAAGCUCAAGGUGGCCGUGGAGCAGUGGAAGCGCCAGGUCAUGAGUGAGCUGCGUGAGCGGGACGCACAGAUCCUGCGGGAGCGCAUGGAGCUGCUGCAGCUGGCACAGCAGAGAAUCAAAGAGUUAGAAGAAAGAAUAGAAACUCAGAAGAGGCAGAUAAAAGAGCUGGAGGAAAAGUUUCUAUUUUUGUUCUUAUUUUUCUCCCUAGCUUUCAUUCUCUGGUCCUAG